UGUCCGACCAUCUUUUACAAACAGUGUGUCGUGUGACCACAGCAGCUGUGUGUGCCGGUUGAAAUGUCUCACGACGGGUUUGAUAGAUCUCACACUUUAAAGACAUGGAUCGCUCUGAGGCGUCUGGACAAAAACGAUGACAGAGUGGUGGCUCUCCGAGAGGUGUCCAUCCCUCCAGCAGCUGAUGUCACCAUGAUCAUACAGAUCAUCACCACUACCUUUGGCCUGAACUGUAGCGAUGUAAUAUUCAAGAUCAGGAACCAUCGUGGCUGUCUGAUCCCUCUGAACAGCUCCAUGCCCGCUAACAGCAAGCACAUGCCCUAUGUGCUAGAGGUAGCCAAGAUCUUUCAGCAUGUGCGUCCCAUGCCCAGAACCAUUCCCAUGACGGUGAUCAACAAGAGCAUGAAGACCAGGCUCCAGACUAUUGACAGGAGGAUUCAAAGACUGGAGGACCUUCUUCCUCAGAUCAAUCUCAGGCGCAAUGAAAAGCUUGGCCAGGAGAUUGAAUGUCUCAACCAGAAGCUGAGGUUUCUUCAAAGGAGAAUGCAGGUUGCGGACUCUCACAGCUGGAAGGGGGUGCUGACCAGGGCCCCUCUGUGGUGAUCCAACACUUUGUAGAAAACACAGGCCAUCUAUAGGACUGUGGUCACACUGAUCAUUCACUGCAGAUUUUUAUCAUGUCACUAAGUCUGUAUGGAUUAUAAUGUGGACGGCUUCAGAUCAAACGCGGCCCACAGUGUAAUAGAGCAUGUUCAUCAUUGUGCUUAAAAUUCAAAUAUGUGCUGUCAUCAGUUUAGAUGAAAUAUUGGCCUGUAUUUAAUAAACUUCCAAUUCUGAUACGACUGAGGUUUCUUCUAAGUGUAACGUAAUAAAACACAUUUAUCGAGAACUUACUCUUUUUCACAUCCGAGUGUAACUUUUAUUCCUCAAGUUAUCUGGAAUGAUCACAAGCUCAAAGAAAAACAGCGAUUCAGUUAUAAAUUGACCCUGCAGAUGCUAAAUUGUAAUUGUUCUUAAAAUCCUGAUGGUUUAAAAGGUGCAUUGAUGUUAUUCUGCAAGAGAAUAGAUAUUUUAUGUUAAAAAAUAAUAUUAGCGUCAUCUGAAAUUGUCAUACUUCUCUGAGAAUAAUUUUUGUAGGAAAUUACCAACGAUAAAAUAUAUUAAUAAUGUAGAAAUAGGGAUGAUAUAAGAAGAACAUGGCUGUAUACAUUUUGCUGUUCUGCUGUAGCUGAUUAAGAUGUAAAGAUUAUAAUGAAUUUGCAAAAUUUGGACAGAAUUAAUAUUUUAACUUUUUAUUUGAAUACAGGGCUAAAACCUACGCGCUAAACUGGGGGCCUAGAUAUCAAAUAUCAGGGCUG